ACCACUCUUAUUAGUCUGUGCAGAUAAAUAAAUCGUUGCUCACGCAUGCAUCACGCUACUCUGUAGCGCUGCUAGUAGUCUGUUGUGUUUACUUGCUUGAUCUGCGCAUAGUCCUGUGAAGUGCUUUUAGUUAUUUUAUUACCGAAAUCUUUGUUUGCGUGGUGAUAAUAUUGCUUUGAAAAUGCCUACGAGUGCAGUUUAUCAGCCUACCACAGUGACCUAUGAACAGCAACCUACGGAUCAGCGAUGGAACUGUCCCAUCAGUUACUUCUCUCGGCGUAUGGCUUCUAGUUGGAACCGAGCCGUAUGCAUGCGAGUUGGAUUAUGUUUGGCGGGCAGCACGCUAUUUAUUAUCGGUUUGGUGCUGAUCAUAGUGGGAGGUGUGAAAUUCUCCAAUGCCUCUGAACCGGACCCUCACAGCUUCGAAAAUGGCGUCGGCGAACUGGUUGCAGGCAGCGUCUUAAUAUGCUUAGGAAUGGUGGCCGGCUUAUUGGGCAUAUCGCAAUAUUCGUCGAGAUGGGGCAAUGGCAAGGAAGCGCCGACGAGUGGUGCCGCUGCGCUUACGGCUCUCAACCCUUCGACGGAUCCCCUGGUGGCUGCGCAGUACGCGCCGGUCCGUGACGCACCUCCCGCGCCUGAUGACGAGAUGCGCAAUCUAAUGGACAACAAAGACUGCCUGAGCAGUGCAGAGGAGAGCGAUAAGAUGCUGGAUGGCAGGCCAUCAGUUGCGUAAAUACGAAUAUUUUUUAUUAUAUACGAGAUUAUUAUUACGAGCUUAGGCUAGUCCUAAUGUCCCCCUAAUUAUGUAAUGAACGGUGUUAGAGAUGCGUUACAAGUUCUUAGCUAAGCAUAAGUAACAUAGAAUUUAUUUUUAUGAUAUUUCAUCGCAAUGUUUAAUGUAAUCCGAAUACAGUAAUGUAUCUUUAACGCCGCUCUGUUUCGUGUCCAUAAUCCAUGUUAUCUUAAGGUUGCAUUUUGGUACAAAGUAAAGAAGUACUUUACAAUAAAACACUUUAGCGAAUAAUUAUUUCUGUUAUUCGAAAAUAACGUGUGCUUGUUUGUGUGGUAUCUAAGUUUAUAUUAUUUUAUGGUGCACUGUAAUUCACAUUUGGAUAAUUUUGAUAUUUUAAUUCGACUUAUCAUACUAUCGCGAUAGUAUUUAAUUAUUAAGCGGAAUGUAAUCCUUAAGAAAUAUUUUUUGUAAUGUUAACUUGUCUUUAUGAUGCAACGGUUAAUAAGCAUGACAAUUUACUUAUAAUACGUAUUGUAAGACGACCCUAAACCCUGACCUUUGUCAGAGAAUAAGACUUGGGAACAUUGCAAACUAAUGUUUUUACCAUUACCUACAUACAAUGUAUGUAAAUGUGUAUUUUUAUUUAUGAGGUCACUUUAAUAUUUAAGAUGUGUUUACUAAGUAUUCUUUAAAGUGUUCAGAUUGAAUAUAAUCUCACAUUAUAAUCAUAUGCAUUUAAGCGCAGCUACCGUUUAUAUCAUCAGACCCUCAACAUUAUUAUGUACUUACCUAGAACUACACUUUUUUGCAAAAUUGUAUCAAGCUUGAUAAAAUUCGCCCUUAUUUUUAUGAUAUAUUUAAUAAAUGACAAGAGGCCAAAUUACUGUCCAGAUUUAUCAAAGUAAGAUUAAUGAUGAGACAAAUGUAUUUGAUAAAUACAUUUUAAGGUAUCAAAUAUAACAAUUUGAAAGUCCAAAGUAUUAAAGAUUAAAUAUAUAUUCGAGCAGGAUUUAAGAAAUCUCAAAAUAAGUAUUAUUUUUGUCAGAAAAAUAUUGUAUAAUUCUGUUUUAGAAUUUAUAUGUCAUAGGUAUUGUAUUAGAAAAUAAUGUCUUUGCUACGGCUGACGUCCUGUACGAACUUAUUUUCCACAUCUCAUCUAUAUGCAAUUUCAUCAUUUUUUCCUGCAUAUAUUUUAUAAAAUUAUAAUUAUGUAGAUACUAAAAAUACAAUAAAAAACUGUUUGGAAUCGUAAGAGUAGCUUUGUAAAUUUAAAUGUUCUCAAUAUUUCUCAAAUAGAUUGGCAGCAUUUGUCUUACGUAAUACGUUAAUAAUGUAGGUACGUUAAAUUAUUUUUAUACCAGGCAAAUAGAUUUUCUGUGUUAAAAGCAUGUAAAAGCAAUUUAUAAACAUGUAGCAUAUAUAGGGCUUUAAUGUAGAAUAAAAAUCGUAUUUUAUAUUACUUUUUGAACCUGAAUUGUUUUAGUUAUUAAUUUCGCGAUUAUAUUGGUCAACAUACAUAAAAGACAUUUUAGUAAUAGGUAGACUCAAACAAUAAAAUGUGCCGGUUUAUAACAUUAAUGUAUAAUAUUUUAGGUCGUAAAAUACAUAAAAAUCGUCGCGAGCUGUAUUUCGGGAGCCACAAA